AAGCUCAAAAUAUUAUUGGGUAUGUCAGAUUCUUGAGUCAGUUCGUUUCGAUUCGAAUAGUAUCGGGUGAAAUGAGAGAUUAUUUAGUUUUUUUCGUAUUAUCACUUUUAGUUUUUCAAUCGCGAGAUAUUAAGGCAUUCACGAAAUGUGUUUUUAAGAUAAUUGAUAGUGCAGAAAAGGUGCCCGAAAAUGAUAUUCUUAGUAUUCAUAACAAAUACAGGGCCAUGAUAAUGAAUGGUUCAACUUUAGGCCAACCAAGAGCGGCAAAGAGUUCAAUGAAUUUUCUGACAUGGGAUCCUAAACUUGCGGAAUUAGCUCAACAAGUAUCACGAACUUGUGAAUUUCGCCAUGUUGAUGUCAAUACUACUGAAUAUCCAGAGGGCCUGGGACAAAAUUUAUAUCGAUCCUGUUCAAAUAAGAGGAGAAAACCAAAUUGGGCUAAAGUAAUAGGUGAUUGGUAUGAUGAGAAUAAAAUUUACAAAUUUCCCAAAGAUCCAACUGUAUUAACAGGACACUAUACUCAGGUGGUAUGGGGAAAAACGAAGGUAAUUGGUUGUGCACAAACAGAGUAUUUCAGAGGAAACACGUCAAAAGUUCCAUUUUGUACAAUUUAUGUAUGUCAUUACGCACCCCGUGGCAAUAUAAUAGGAGAACCACCAUAUAAAAGUGACUGACUAUAAUCUAUGUGAAAAUAAAACAUUGAAAAUUU